AGAAAAGUUCUAUCUUUGCCUGCUGCCCCUGCUCCUGUCUACCAUGUCUCCUGGGAGCAGAGAGAACUAUGAGCUUGAGGGCUGAGGCUGAACUUCUGCCUGAAUCCCAGUUUUCUCUGCCUGCCUGUCUCACCAUCAAUGCUUGCUCUUCCUUGUGAUCUGAUAAGGAAAGGCUUUGGAAAAGCACAAUUGGUGCUUCGUAGCAGCAUGAAUUUAGUGGAAGUGACCAAAGGGGCCUCCCUCACUGGGUUUUAGAAGGUGAGGAAUGGCUGAAUCCUUUUGUUCAUGACCCCCAGUCCUCUGACACUUCUGUCCCUGUCCUGCCAAGACAGAGAAGGCUGGCUGGCCCUCAGGUUUUCUCAAGCAUCUUUUUCACUGUGCCUCCAUGAUAGUGUCCCUGUGGAAGUAUGUGUGUCUGGCUCUGCAGAUGAGGGUGUGGCUGGCUGAGUGGCUGUCUGCAGGGUGUCUCUGGAAUCUAAUGGUCAAGCAUAUGUAUGUUGGAGAGUUGGUUUCAAACCUUCCUUGGCAUUUUCUAACCAUGUGGCCUUGGUCAAAUCAUAGCCUUUCUGAGUUUCAAGUAUCCCAUCUAUAUAAGAGCAGUGGUUAAUGUCUACUACUUCAUGCUCUGUCUGGUUGUGAGCAUUGAGAGAAUAUGUAUGGUCAACAUGAUAUACUGCUGGGCAUGGUGCCUGGCACAUUCUUAGUAAAUGUUAGCGGGUAUUAUUAUUAAUAAUUAUCCUAUUGUAGAAGUUUCUGUACCAUUUGGCCCCUGCCUAUCUCUUCUUGCCAUUCUGAUUUCCUUGGCCUCUGCCUGUGCAAUUUGCCAUUCCCUUGUCCUGAGCCACCAACCUUUGUCUUUCAAGACAGGUAGAGGGUCACCUUCUGAGAAGUCCAUUCAUGUUCUCACUUCUAUCUACAAAUAUCCCCAAUAACUGUACUAUAAAUAAACUUCCUAGGCAAGGGCUUUGAUGCCUGACUUAUCUGUAUAUCUCUAAUAUCUGCAUCCCCACCAAGGCCUGGCAGGCUUAUAGUAGACCCCUGAUAAUGUUGGAUGAAUAAGGGAGAGACAUGUAUGUAUUUGCUUUUUGGGUGUUGUCUGUGUGUGUGACUGGAGAGUUCUAGUCUUCUUGUGCAUCUCAAUAUCUCCAGUCGUGUGUGUGAUGAAGGCUUGUUUCCAGGUAUGUCAGAUGGUGACUGAGUGUGGGACUCUAUCUCUUGACAGUUUCUGUAUCCUAGACAAGUGCAUAUCUGUGUGGGUCUGUCUCUGACAGUACAUCUGUGGUUUCUGUCUGAUGGGGUGGAGGUCCAUUUGUAUUCCUGUGACAGAUUCUGGUUGGCAAUUUCUAGACAGUUUGUUUCAUUGAUAAAGCUGCAUGUCUGAUGGUAUAUGUGUCUGUGACCAGGUCUCUACAUGUCUAUUUUUGUGACAUUGCCUGUGUGGCUCUAUCAUAUUAGUACAUGUCUGCCUUUUGAGCAGUGCAUGUGUGUCUCUGGAGCAUCUGUGUAUCUCCCUGUGACAGACUCUGUGUCUCAUUUCUGGGACAGUACAAGUCUUUCUGUGACAGUACAUGUCUGAUGGUGCCAGUGUGUUUGUGACAAGUUCUGUCAGUGUGUCUGACAGGACAUUCUGUGGUCACAUGGCAGUGUAGGUCUCUGAGUCUCUGGAGUGCCUGUAUUUCUGUAUUGGGUACCUCUCAGUGUCAGUUCUAGGACAUAACUAUUUUUCUGACAGUGUGCCUACCUGAAUAGUGUAUGUCAGUCUCCGUGUGACAGUGCAUAUCUGCAUGCAUAUCUAGGACAAGGUUCCAUGAAUGUGUCUGACAGAAUGUAUGCGUAUCUCUCAUGACGUUUUUGUGUGUCUGCAGUGUAUUUCUGUCUUUCUAGGGUGUAGGGCCUUCUCUGGUUAUUUUUCAUAAGUUUGUGUUUGAGGGUGUUUUCGUACUUCUAGCAGCAUCUACCAUGUCUCUCUCCCCCAGGAAUGCAGCCCCAUGCCACCCUGGCUUUUUGCCCACCCCACCCCCUGCUGCUGUAGAUUAUAGACCUGCUGACUGAGCCCAAGGCUAAGUCUAGCUAGUUGUUUCUGGGUUAAGGGCUCCAAAAACACCGCAGGCAGCCGCCUCCAGGCUUGCCUUUGCCUGGCGCAUCCUCCCCCACCCCCGUCCUGGCGUCCUCCCCUACCCCCACCUCCAUUCUGGCGUCCUCCCCCACCCCCGCCCUGGGCAUGCUUGCAGGGGGUUACCCCUCCCUGGCUACUGGACAGAUUCCUCUAGGGCCCUGGCUUCAGUUUCAGAAUGAAGGCCGCCAGUAUCCUGGAGGACUCUGGUGAAGGGUGAGAAACACCCUUGGAGACAGGGGUCCUGGAUAGCCACAGGCUCGAAUUCUUAGAAGGUGGGCCUGGCGCUAUCUCUACGCUAAUCUCGCAACGGCAGCAAACCAACUUCCUAAGAAAGGAGACUGCGCAGUUAUUUUUUAAGUGUAUAUACACACGCCACCACCACCACCACCAACAACAACAACCCAGCGCAACAACCAAAACAAACGCGGUUGCUGCAGAGGGAUUCCCAGAAAAGGUUUCCUCUUCUUGUGCGCCCCACUUCGCGCCCCCUCAUUUGCAUGCAGGCCCCGCCUCCUCGGAAGAACCAGGCGUGUAUUUGCAUAAGGGAGCACUGGAAACGUUGAGGGUGGUAUGCAAAUAAGGGCUGGCUCCGAUUGGCUGGGGUACAGCAGGUGCCGCGUCCGGAUUGAUCAAAGUCAGGUGGGCGGGGCUGUCGCCCAGGGUGACUCUCCCGGGAGGCGCGUGCCCCGGCUCAGUAGCGUUGGGCUGGCGCGCGCGGUGAAUCUUAAGGCUGCGCUGUCUGCGGGCGCUUCUGGGCCACCAGUUUCCCUGCCUUCCACCCUGGCGCCCCCCAGCCCUGGCUCCCCGGCCGCGCUGCCCCGGGCGUCCACGCCCUGCGGGCUCAGCGGAUUCAGCGGACUCAAUCUGCGCAGUGCCUCCUCCAUGUUGACCAAGCCUCUGCAGGGGCCUUCUGCGCCCCCUGUGACCCCCACGUCGCCGCCAGGAGGCAAGGAUCGGGAAGCGUUCGAGGCCGAGUACCGACUUGGCCCCCUCCUGGGCAAGGGGGGCUUUGGUACCGUCUUCGCGGGACAUCGUGUCACAGACCGACUCCAGGUGGCCAUCAAAGUGAUUCCCCGGAACCGUGUGCUGGGCUGGUCCACCUUGUCAGACUCAGUGAGUUGCCCACUCGAAGUGGCACUGCUGUGGAAGGUGGGUGCAGGCGGUGGGCACCCUGGUGUCAUCCGCCUGCUUGACUGGUUUGAGACACAAGAAGGCUUCAUGCUGGUCCUUGAGCGGCCUUUGCCGGCACAGGAUCUGUUUGACUACAUCACAGAGAAAGGCCCACUGGGUGAAGUCCGAAGCCGCUGCUUCUUUGGCCAGGUAGUAGCAGCUGUCCAACACUGCCAUGCCCGUGGAGUUGUUCAUCGUGACAUCAAGGAUGAGAACAUCCUGAUAGACCUCCGCCGGGACUGUGCCAAACUCCUUGAUUUUGGUUCAGGUGCCCUGCUUCAUGAUGAACCUUAUACUGACUUUGAUGGGACAAGGGUGUAUAGCCCUCCGGAGUGGAUCUCUCGACACCAGUACCAUGCGCUCCCGGCUACUGUCUGGUCACUGGGUAUCCUCCUCUAUGACAUGGUAUGUGGAGACAUUCCCUUCGAGAGGGACCAGGAGAUUCUGGAUGCUGAGCUUCAGUUCCCUGACCAUGUUUCCCCAGACUGCUGUGCCCUAAUCCGCCGGUGCCUGGCCCCUAAACCCUCUUCCAGGCCCUCACUGGAGGAGAUCCUGCUGGACCCCUGGAUGCAAACACCAGCUGAGGAGGCACCCCUCAAUCCCCCCAAAGGAGACCCCACCCCCUUGGCCUGGUCCUUGCUGCCCUAGGCCUGGUAAAGAGCCCACUGGUCAGAAUAGCCGUCCCAUGGCCAUGCUGCAGGGAUAAAUGGACACUCAUUAACCUGGUUUUACAGGUCAUUAAAAAUCCAGUAUUAGUAAGGUCAGGUAUUUUGGGGAUCAGGGGUCAGAAGACAACAUAAGCUAAGUCUGCCCAGUCCCCAUCCCAAUUCUGUGAAGGAGCCUUCCUCCCAGAACCAAUGGUCCCUUACUCUGGAAGGGGGACUUCUUGCUUCUCAUUUUGCUAAGGAUGUUUAUUUGGGUCAAGUUAGUUCCAUUCUGAGCCCUGGGACUCUUAUUCUGAUUAUUUGUCACCCCUACACUGGCACCUCCUACCUACUACCACCACACAAACUUAGUUCACACGCUCUUAUUUGGGCAAGGGUGCUUUCCUUCUAAUACCCCAGUAAUUCUUAUUUUAGCAAAGGGACCGUUUCCCCUAGCCUAGGGUCCCAUAUUGGAUUAAGCUGCUUGCCUACCUCAGCCCAGGAUUGAUUAUUCUGGGGGAGGUAAUGCCCUAUUGUUAUCCCAGGGCUCUUUUUCGUGAGGGGAUCCUACUUUGUUAUCCCAAGUGCUCUUAUUCUGGUGAGAAGAACCUUACUUCCUUGAUUUGGGAAGAAAUGGGAGAGAAUGUCACCACCUGACACCACCAGAGACUAGGAUGGGAUGGAUGGUAUUUUGGGGGGAUGGGCUAGGGGAAAUAAGUUUUACUGUUUGUUCUCCUGGGUCCCUGUCCCUAACUUUUGCAGAUUCUUGCUGCCUCCUCCUGAGCCAGUAUUGUCCAGUUGCUAAAAUGUAAAUACUUACAUAUUAGGAGGAGGGGAGCUCCAAGUGUGUCCUCUUCUCCCCUCUCCCUCUGCCUGGAUUAUUUAAAAAGCCAUGUGUGGAAACCCACUAUUUAAUAAAAGUUAAUAGAAUCA